AUGGUACGACACGAGCCCUGUACCCCGGCCCCUCUCCGCUGCCGUGACCGCACGGCCCCGGCCCCGCCGUCUCCUCGCCCGCAGCACCGAGAGGCCACGGGACGGGCUCGGGCGCUGACGCGGCCCGCGGGGAGCCCUCCCGGAGCCCGGUCCCCGCCUGCCCCGCUCCACGGCGCUCGGUGCCGGAGCCGCCGCAGCUCCCCAGACUCCCGGACCCGCGGCCCCGGCGGUACCGCCGCUCCCGCCGCAGCUCCCGGAGCUCCCCGACCGCGGCCCCGCCGCUCCCGCCGCUCACCGGAGCCGCGCGCGCCGCCCCCUUCCUGCGCCGCCGGAAGCGCCGCGCGGCCGCCCCGGGCUCCGCGCGCUCGGCGGGGCGGAGGCGCCGCCUGGCGGUGCGGGCGCGGCCCUGCCUCCCUCACGGCCCUGCCUCCCUCCGCUCCCCUCAGGGACGGGGACAGCCGCGGGCUCUGCCGUGCCAGCGCCGGUGUUAGAGAACCUUCCCACUCGGACCGUUCUGACCCUUGGCAGUCACGCUCCCAGCGCCAGGGACAGUCGCUGCUGGGACAGAAGCCUCUUCACGGCGGCCCCAGGCACACGACGGGUCCCCCGCUUGGCUCCCCCCACACCGCGCUCGCACAGUCGGACCAGGUUUCCUCACCGGUUCGACCUCAGGUUUCCCAUAGCUCAGUCUCGGAUGUCUCGUCCCAUAAAGAGAUUUAUUCCCCCCACAACAACACCUAA